AGGUGUGGUGGACAACUCCGGCAUCCGCGUGUACUACACGGCUAACCUGCGGCAGAACGAUGGCGGUGUGCUGGUAAGCGGAAUGAACAUGAACUGGACAACGCUGGUGCCGCCCUACCAGGAGUCGUUCACGACGUAUGGCCACUGCGGCGGCGCCUGCACGAGAGAGGCGCUGCCGAAAGAUGGCAUCACCAUCAUAGGCGGAUUUGUGCACACGCACUCUCUCGGGCGCCAGCUGGUGGCCAGACACUUCCGCAAUGGCAGAGAACUGCCUGAAAUCAUGCGGGAUUCUGGAUAUGAUCCAAAGUAUCAGGAGGCCCGUGCUGCCUACGAAAGCCCAGUCAAGAUUUAUGCCGGGAGAUCACAUUGCCCUGGAGUGCACCUAUGACUCAAGGCACAGGAACGAGGUCACAGUCGGAGGAUUUUCAACACGGUAAGAGCUAUGCGUUGAAUACU